UUAUUGUCUUCCACAGCCACCAAAACUCUUAACCGUGGGAUUUCUGAGUUCAUUGUGAUGGCGGCUGAUGCCGAACCUCUGGAGAUCAUCCUGCACCUGCCGCUGCUGUGUGAGGAUAAGAACGUGCCGUAUGUGUUUGUGCGCUCUAAACAAGCUCUCGGACGUGCAUGUGGAGUGUCAAGACCUGUCAUUGCCACAUCAGUCACCAUCAAGGAGGGAUCGCAGCUGAAACCUCAGAUUCAGUCUGUGCAGAUGGCUAUUGAAAGACUCCUAGUUUGAGCUCAUACUUUUUACACUUUUGUUUUCAGGUUUUAUAAAUGAUCUUUUUGUACAAUCCCUAAGGAUUUUUCCCCCUUUUUGUUAGAAUCAAACAAUGUUGAGUGUGUUCCUCAGCAAUUGACAGCCGAAAUAAAGUUUGAUUCAAAUCAAA